AUGCAGUCAAACCCUAGACCAAGUCCCUACAAUUCCUCCACCCCGCCGCCACUCCACCAAACCCCCCCUGGGAUCCAUCCCCAACCAGUCGGCCUCUAUCUCCCUCGUUUUCAGCAUCAGACAACCCAGAGCCGCACCCGAUCCAGAUCCUCUCCCGCCUCCGACCACCUACCGGGAUUUGUGCCGCCGACCAACCACAGCCGCCACCUCCUCUGCUCAGGCCCCGAGCUCCUCCUCUCGAUCCAGAGCCCGAGCGCUCGACCCCCUCAUCCACGAGCUCGAUCAGGAGAGGAGCUCCCGAUCGUGCAAGCCUCCUCCUCGUCCAGGACCACCUCACCUCCCCGGAGUUUAGCCGCCGGACCAGCAGCGCCGCCCCGGCGCACCUCGACGCCGAGCACCAACAGGAACUGCUCGCCAUCCCCUGCUCCUUUUCCUCUACAUCUCCCCCCUUCUCCUGUAUCUCUCUCAGCCCUCUCUUGUUCCUCUGCCAGGCCCCCGUCAUGGACGCUGGUGCUCCCACCUCCAUUCCAGCACCGGGAACGGAACCCCGCGCUAGGAUCCACGCCGGUGCCCCGGAUCCGGUCACUGCCUUCGUCCAGCUCGAGAUCUGAAGGAUCCCCGGCCUCGUCCCUGUCUUCAAGUCGCCGCUUCGCCUGCUUUGACCUCCUGCCGCGUUCGCCGCCCCUCCGACGUCGUGGCCCUGGAUCCGGCCGGUUCCAGUGCGCCCUCGCCCCGCCAAGUCCCUACUUCCGCGCCUUCUCCAAGUGCCUGCCGCCGCCCUCUGCUUCCCCUGCAGCGAGCAACAGUUCGUCAUCUGCCUCGACCGCUCGCUCGCCUCCCCUGCUUCGCGCGCGUGGGCCGGCUGCAGCGCCUUCAAGACCCAGCGCGCCCCUGCGGGCCUCCCUCUCCGCCAACCGGCCCAUGAGGCCUGGUGAGCACCAGAUCCAACGCCCCCGUGUGUAGCCCGCAGCACAGUUUCGGCCCAUAUAGUGUUUUUUUUCA